CCCAAGUUAAUUUUCCCCACCAAUCACACUGCGCGUGGCAGUGUGUGUGGCUGCCUGGCUGGCAGCCAAACGCUGUUUCUUUUGUUGUCUUCUCCCACUGCCCGUGUCCCCAGCUCCCAAGCCAGUCCCAGACUCCCAGUCACAAACCCCAAACCCCUCACUUGUCAUCGACCUGCGCUUUGCAUCCGUUUCUUCCUCCGCCUUCCCUUCCCUUUGCAGUCUUGCACUCCACUACCCCUCGCCGCACCGCUCUCCUCUCUUGACGCAAACCUUUCCACACUGCUAAUUAAUCGCCAUUUCCUCGGAGGAUCCGGAGGCAAUGGAGAAGGAGAGCAAGCAGGGUUUCUUUUCGGCGCUCAAGGGGGAAGUCGUGCGUGGUCUCUCGCCAGGCAGAUCCCGGGGGAAGUCGCUGCUGCUUCCGCGCAGCCGCAAGACGGCGGCCGCGGAGGAAGUGGCGCCGCCAGAGAAGCUCGCCCAGUACGCGCCGGAUCCGCUCGUCACCCACUCCGGCAGCCUGCGGCUUGCCGGCGAGGUCCUGGCGCCGCUCAUGGAGGGCCCGGACGUCGCCGAGGACGACACGUUCGCCGAGGAUUCCGGACGGCGAGACGGGUUCGGGCAGUGGGUCCGCGGCCACCUGACCCGUGCCCCGUUGAUCGCCGGCGGCGGCGACGGGUCUUUCCGGCGCUCCGACCUCCGCCUCCUCCUCGGCGUCAUGGGCGCGCCGCUCGCGCCCGUCUCGGUCUCCACCGCCGAGCCGCUGCCGCUCGCGCCCGUCAAGGGCGCCCCCAUUGAAUCCUCGUCGGCGCAGUACAUCCUGCAGCAGUACUUGGCGGCGUCGGGUGGCGCCAAGGUGCUCCGGUCGGCGCGGAACGCGUACGCAAUGGGGAAGGUGCGGAUGGUGGCGUCGGAGUUCGAGACGGCCACGCGCGUGGUCAAGAACCGGGGCGCCGCCGCCGCCGCCGCCGUGGAGCAAGGCGGGUUCGUGCUCUGGCGGAUGUCCCCGGACAUGUGGUACGUGGAGCUGGCCGUCGGCGGCAGCAAGGUCCGCGCCGGCUGCAACGGCCGCCUCGUCUGGCGCCACACGCCGUGGCUCGGCGCCCACGCCGCCAAGGGUCCCGUCCGCCCGCUCCGCCGAGCCCUCCAGGUAGCGUUCCCUUCCCGAGCUCGUCUGGAUGCCUGCCAUUGGUUGGUGCCAACCAUUGUGUGUGUGUGUGUGCGCGCGCGCGUGUACUGUGCAGGGUCUGGAUCCGCUGUCGACUGCGGGGCUGUUCGCGGAGGCGCGGUGCGUGGGCGAGAAGAAGGUGGGCGACGAGGAGUGCUUCAUCCUGAAGCUGUCGGCGGACGCGGAGACGCUGCGGCAGCGGAGCGAGGGUCCGGCGGAGAUCAUCCGGCACGUGGUGUUCGGGUACUUCAGCCAGCGCACGGGCCUGCUGGUGCAGGUGGAGGACUCGCACCUGACGCGCAUCCAGCCGCACGCCGGCGGGGACGCCGUGUACUGGGAGACCACCAUCAGCUCGUUCCUGGAGGACUACCGCGCGGUGGACGGCGUGGCGAUCGCGCACGCGGGGCGGUCCGCCGUGACGCUGUUCCGGUUCGGCGAGACGGCCAUGAGCCACACCAAGACGCGCAUGGAGGAGGCGUGGACCAUCCAGGAGGCCGCCUUCGACGUGCCGGGCCUGUCCACCGACUGCUUCAUCCCGCCGGCAGACGUCCGGCGCGACUCCGACUCCGUGGGCGAGCCCUGCGAGCUCCCGCCGCGCGGCGCCAAGGCCGGCGCCGUGCACCCCGCGUGCGACGCGGUGCACUCGCGGCGGCGGCGGGAUGUGGCCCCGGCCGAUGGGGAGCUGGCGACAAGAUCUACCGGACGGUGGAGAUGCGAUUUCUGACUGUGGGCGACGGGACUGAUCGAGCGGAUUCGUAUCGUAAGAGUAGCACUAUUACUAGUAGCUAGGAAGAAGGCGGGGGGGAAUUCAGCAAGCAAACAAUUUGUUCAUAGUACUACUAGAAACCAAAUCUCUCUCCAAAUACUAACGAACUCCAUCUCCUCCUCCUACCAGUCAUCAGUGCCUUGUAUUCUGUACAGAUCGGUGAGGAAGCGCCUCGGCGACAAUGUUGAGCUCAUCAAUUGUACUGUACUCCAGUUCUAGCUGUAUGACCGUAAGAAUCGCAAGAAUUUACGGUGCACAAGUAUACCACCAGAUUCUGGAUAUGAGACGAUGGAACUGGAUACUUGUUGCAAUUCUACGUCACGUCUUACUGUGUAGGCGCCAGGAUGAUCUUCAAGCUGGGUGGUAAAAGUGGUAGGUGAGGUAUGUCUUGCUGUCGACCUCCGUUUCGUUUCCAUUCCAUGGCUUUGGGCCUUUUGUUUUUUGCUUAGAAACUACUCCCUCCGUCUCCGUUGCUUAUGAAAUAGACGGGUCUUUUGUUCCUUUUGGCACCUAUCAUGUUUGACCAUUUGUCUUUGUGGGAGGGCGAAUCCCUCGGCUGAGUGGCGAGAGUGUACACACUCCCUCGGAGGAGGAGUAGGCUUAGGCGUUUGUCUCGCCUUAGGCUGUCUCCAGCAGCGUCCCCUAAAUUUCGUCCCCUAAAGGAAUAUUCCCUGUACUUUAUAAGACACUCUAAAAGAUUCUGUCCUCUAUAUCUUCUGUGUCUCCAGCAACGUCCCCUAAAUUCGAUCCCCUAAAGCUACAGUGUUAACAGAAUUCGUUUUUUCUUUUCUUUUUCUGUUUUCUUUGUUUUGUACCCAUUUAAUGGUACUGAAAGGAUGCUAAAAAUUUUGUAAUCAAUAAAAUUUCAAAUAAUAAUCUAAAAACUAUGGUUCAUUA